AAGGGGUGGAAAUGGACGCAGAAACACUCAGCAUCUGUACUAAACGAUGAAGGUUGUGUCUGAUUCAACGGUUUUUGCUUAAAAAUUAGGAAAAAGAAGAGCAGCCGUCAAUCAUGUAUGGUUUCGUGAAUCACGCCUUGGAGCUCCUCGUUUUAAGGAAUUAUGGCCCGGAAGUGUGGGAAGACAUCAAGAGGGAGGCUCAGCUUGAUAUUGAAGGUCAGUUCCUUGUUAGAAUCAUAUAUGACGAUGCCAAAACGUACGAUCUAGUUGCGGCUGCAAGUAAAGUUCUCAAGAUCGAUGCAGGAGACAUCUUGCAGAUGUUUGGGAAGAUGUUUUUUGAAUUUUGCCAAGAAUCAGGAUAUGACACCAUCCUGCGAGUGUUAGGAUCAAAUGUUCGUGAAUUCCUGCAGAAUUUGGAUGCCCUGCAUGACCACCUGGGUACUAUUUAUCCCGGUAUGAGGGCUCCCUCAUUUCGCUGCACUGAUGCCGAGAAGGGAAACAAUCUGAUUCUUCACUACUACUCAGAGAGAGAAGGCCUGCAAGACAUUGUGAUCGGCAUCAUUAAAACUGUCGCUCAACAAAUCCACGGAACAGAGAUAGAGAUGAAGAUGAUCCAACCUAAAAGUGAGGAGUGCGACCACAUCAAGUUCCUCAUUGAGGAGAAGGAUUCAGAGGAGGAGGCGUUCUACGAGGAUCUGGACGGCUUCGAGGAGAACGGCACGCAGGAGACCCGCAUCAGUCCGUAUACGUUUUGCAAGGCCUUCCCUUUCCACCUCAUGUUUGACAAGGACCUGAUGCUCACACAGUGUGGGAACGCCAUUUAUCGAGUCCUGCCACAGCUCCAGCCUGGAACCUGUAUCCUCCCUUCAGUUUUUUCUUUGGUCCGCCCUCACAUUGACUUCAGCUUUCAUGGCAUCCUUUCCCACAUCAACACUGUCUUUGUUCUGCGAAGCAAGGAGGGCCUGCUGAAUGUGGAGACUGUAGAGAACGAGGAUGAGCUGACGGGGGUGGAGAUCAGCUGUCUGAGAUUGAAAGGACAGAUGAUUUACUUGCCAGAGGCGGAGAACAUCCUUUUUCUUUGCUCACCCAGCGUAAUGAACCUGGAUGAUCUCACACGAAGGGGGCUAUACCUGAGCGACAUCCCACUACAUGACGCCACGCGUGACCUGGUGCUGCUGGGUGAGCAGUUUCGUGAGGAGUACAAGCUGACCCAGGAGCUGGAAAUCUUGACAGAUCGUCUGCAGCACACACUCCGGGCCCUGGAGGACGAGAAGAAAAAGACCGACAGAUUGCUCUAUUCCGUUCUGCCGCCAUCUGUUGCCAACGAACUGCGACACAAGCGGCCUGUCCCGGCAAAACGCUACGACAACGUGACCAUCCUCUUUAGUGGCAUUGUAGGAUUUAAUGCCUUCUGCAGCAAGCACGCCUCAGCCGAGGGAGCCAUCAAGAUAGUCAACCUGCUCAAUGAUGUUUACACACGUUUCGACAUCUUGACAGACUCUCGCAAGAACCCUUAUGUAUACAAGGUGGAAACAGUGGGUGAUAAAUACAUGACAGUGAGCGGCCUGCCAGAGCCGUGCACGCACCACGCCAAGUCAAUCUGCCACCUCGCGCUUGAUAUGAUGGAAAUUGCUGGACAAGUCAAAGUGGAUGAUGAACCAGUACAGAUUACUAUUGGGAUCCACACAGGAGAAGUGGUGACGGGGGUGAUUGGCCAGAGAAUGCCAAGAUAUUGUCUUUUUGGAAAUACAGUCAACCUCACAAGUCGUACCGAAACUACUGGUGAAAAGGGAAAAAUAAAUGUCUCCGAAUAUACUUAUCGGUGUUUGCAGUCUGCUGAGAACGCCGACCCUCAGUUUCAUCUGGAGUAUCGGGGCCCCGUCACCAUGAAAGGAAAGAAAGAGCCUAUGAAGGUGUGGUUUCUGUCCAGGAAGCCCACUGACACGGAGUGCACCGCAGUUAAAGCUUAACUGUUCAACACUAAAACAUCCCGGGCGUCAUCUAAUGAAAGCUUCAGUUCGGUACGGUCAUGGGAAAUUUUGAGGCAGGGAUGAGAUGGAUCAGAUGUAUAAAGAGUGAUAAUUUAUCCACAGACAUGCAAAUAUUUUUAAUAUGAUGAAACACAGUGUUUUUUUCAAAGUGAAUAUGAACCUGUUUCAUUACUCCCCCUGCUUUUCUGCUUGACCUUGAUAUGUCAUGACGUCACUAUAUUUUUUUAGCUUACACACAAUAUUGCCGUGUUUCAUGAAAAGGUUAGUGAAACAGUAUAUGGCGCAUUCAAGUUUGACAUAUUUUUGGACAAAAUACACUCACGUUGUUGUAUGAAGGUUUUGAUAAGCGAACCAUAUUACAUCUAUCUUAAAUGUUUUUAGUUGCUAAUUUUGUCAGAUAUUAGUGUUUUACUGUAUUUGUUCUGAAGCCCUCCAAAUAUCCUGAGAGUCUAUAGACUUUGCCAAAAUAACUCAUUUCACGUUAAUGAAAUACAGUAGUUUUUUUAAUUAUUGUCAUUUUUACUUUUGGAAUGACAAUGAGAAAUUCUUGAUUUAAAGUGAAAGAUUUGACUUAAAAGUGUUAUACAGACGCUUAAUGAUAAUACAAUUUAAAAAAAACUUAGUGCCAUGACAUUGCUGUCACUAUUGGAGGGACCCAUCUUUGUUCACUGGAUGUGAUACAAGAUUCUACACUGAAUAUGUUACACUGGCAUCAAAACUAUUAAAAGAAAAAUUAGAUAUUAGAAUUGUUGUAUUUAUAUGGAUUUACACCACAGUGUUCAUUAGUUGUUUGGCAGAAAAGCCACUAUUCUUAUAUUUCAUAUGUCGAAAUUCAAAGACGUGUUUCAUGUUUUUUUUUUAAGUCACAAAUGAUAGUGUAGAGCCAUUAGUAAAUUUGUAUCAUCAUGAAUCUAUCACUGAAUCAUAAAAUAGUUCUAUAAAUAAAAAUGUGCACUAUACACUACACUAUUUAAUAUAUUUAUUGCACCUUUCCACUUAUCACACAUUCACUUUUUUGUCUACUUCUAUGAAAAUAAUAUUGAGUACUAUUUUCAAUUCUACUUUAUGUUGUUGAGAUGAUCUUAAAGAUCUGCUUAUUUAUUGUUAACAUUAUGUUACUUUGUAUUUAUUCUUUUAUUUCAUUAGAAGGCUUUAGUUGAAAUGAAUAGAUCACCUUUAGAAAAGAAAAGAUAUAGUACAUUUUAUUAUGGAUGAAACUACUGUAUGUGCCUCCAUCAUAUUUAUAAUUAAAGUAAAACUUUGUGCUCUAUGUGUUUGAUUAAUUUCACAUGCGUAUAUGUAUAUACUGUACUUUGUCCACCACAUUUUUUUUUCAAAGUCAUUAUUACUAUCACACCUCACAUGAAGUCCUGUGCAAGGAAUCCUCUCCAACAAAUCCAGCUUCUUGUGCAAGAAACAAACAGUUGCCUCCUGUACUGUACGAGUGCAUUUCUGUGGUUAUUAUUUUAAUAAUGUUUCUGUUGGGAGGUGAACUAAUAAAAAUAGU